UUAAUGAAGAUCCUCAGGGGACUGUCUUAGUUUGUGCCAAGGCCCGUCCUUUUUUUUCUCCGGCCACAAUAUAUAUAGUCGCAUAUCUCUGCUUGACGGAGGUUCAUGACCGUCAUGAAUUUGAUGUUGUUUUGUUACAGUUCGGCUCGCGGCCUGGGCAACAUCGCAAACUCGUCACAGCCAUGGUCUGCACCCACGCCUGCAAACAACUCUCAAGUACCGGACGGGAAAACAACCCAAUGGGAUGGCCAGUGUCCUGUCCAAAUCGAGGACCAGCGCGAUUCCUCCUCCUGCUUCUCACUCGCCUUCAAACCUGGCCCCUAUGCUUCCCCUGCUUCAUAAUCGGACACAGCUCAACCGCGAGCCGCAUGGCCAUCAUGUCGCACCACCUCGACGAUCUUGAAAAGUCCCCAGAGACGGAACGACAUCGUCCAGGGCCGUAUCUUUGACCAAUGCUGACCAACCGUCACCUCAAGAGAGAAAGAAGCCCAGGACGACCAGCAUGCCUCUAUGUAAGUAACAAACUGCGCCCAGGAUUCUGCCUGAGCUCGGUU